CAGAAGUGGUCUCAGCUUAUUGCUCCUUUCCAUUUGGGCAAUAACUAAGCCCAAUAUACUACCAACUAAUCCUUCUUUAUUUAUGAAUUUCGAAUCACAUUGCCUAAUGCCUCAACCCUUUCUUUAUUAGAAGAAGAAGAAGAAAUGGGAAUGGCAAGUAGGAGUAUAGGAUUGAAGGAAAUAGGAGAAGCAUUAAAGAAAGCAAAAUCAGGAUGGUACUCCCUUCACAUGGCAGCUGCGUCUCAUGCCAUCGCUCAAAGAAUCCCAUUAGCUGAUUUCAUUCUUGAAGUCAGAGAUGCCCGGGUAACACCACCAUGCACCACCAUACCACACCAACUGUUUGAUGAUAUGUCUGACUUAAUUUUAAUGAACAAGACCGACCUUGCUAAUCGUUCCCAACUCAAGGAGUGGACCAAGUAUUUUGAACAACAAAACUGCAUUUCUUAUGGAGUCAAUUCCCAUAACAAGGAAGACGUCAAAAAGUUCCUCAAUUUCUUACAAGCCCAAGUUAGAGAAUUGAAAAGGAUUGAUCAUUCCGGUCAUACCACUACAAUGAUGAUAAUUGGGAUACCUAAUGUUGGCAAGUCGGCUCUUGCCAACUCUUUGCAUCAGCUUGGGAGGAUUAGUGCUGCAGAGAAAGGAAAGUUGAAACAUACAAUUGUGAGUCCUCAUCCCGGAGAAACAAAAAACAUUAGCAGUUUGAAGAUUGGUAGCCAUCCCAAUAUUUAUGUAUUGGAUACCCCAGGAAUUUUACCUCCCCAGAUUCAUGACUCUGAAGUCUGCACCAAGCUAGCUUUAACAGGAGCAAUUGAAAACUUGGUUGGGGAAAAAGAACUUGCUCGAUAUUUUCUUGCUAUUCUCAACACAAGUGAUGGAUAUAAGAAAUGGGAAAGGUUAUCCACACAUGGAAAUGACAAAUCAUUUACAGGGCAGGAAGUAGAAGGCUCAAGUGACUCAAAGUUAAACAUGAAACGAAAAAGGCAAUAUCCCUCCGAUCACACUCAGGAUUUCAUGGUGAAUAGGGUACGUCGGACUCUGCUUGAAUCUAUUUCUUGUUUAGAUGGAAAUAUAAAAAAUGAGAAGGAUUUGGAGGAGCUAAUUGAAGUGCAAUUCACAGCGUUGAGAGAAGCUUUCCUGGUUUCUUUGGAACCAUGCAACGAUUCUCAAACCAAGAUUUCAGCUAAGUUGCUCAAUCUUUAUCGUACUGGGAGGCUUGGACACUACACUUUAGAUCCUCUCCCUUUGUAAAGUAAAUUGCCCAAGCCUGUAUACAGCAACAAGAAACUGUAAAAUCAGUUUGGUUGGCUACUCUUUGUUGUGUUCAGAUCCAUUGUUUAUGUUCAUUCAAUCCUCUCUCAUUUGUAUUUUUUUAAAGAUGGGGGAUCUUGUAUCUUGGAAAAAUCAUGGACAAGUGGCAGAGGGUUUGAAUGAACGUAAAAAUUUUGGGUCGUCAGGUCUACCGUUACUGCUGCCUCUGAACUUUGCUUCUGUUUUAACAAGCUCCAGUCUGUGCAGCACCACAAUCGUCUCAAACUUCUUUCUAUGAACAUAAUCCUGAACAACUGGCUACCCUGUAAUCUCGUCAUGAUGAAGUAAGCAAGCUACCUGGUUAACUCUGAUUUUGGUUUGGUUA